AUGAUUAAGAGGAAGGCAAACGUCUUUGGUAGCUCUUCUGAUUCUGAUUCUGAUUCUGAAUACCAUAAAUCUGUGAAUACUAAGCGCAAGAAAAUACCACCUAUCUUCGAUGCAAUAAAAAAUAGUGAUAGUCAUAAACAUGGGUGUGAAACUGAACAGGAUGGAGAAGAGGAUUAUAUGAAGUAUUCAGCGAAGAAUGAUGGGAAAGACGGUGAUGAUGAACCUAACCCGAGAAGGUUUGAAGGAAUGAAAUAUGAUGAAGUUCAACAGUUCAAACGGGAAGAAGCUUUAAAGCAGUCAUUAUUCACUGAUAAAUUUGCAAAAAAGUCGAUUGGUCUCAGUAUCAUGGAAAAGAUGGGAUUCAAGGUUGGAGACUCGUUGGGUAGUAGUAAAAUGGAUAAGAGGGUAUUGACAAAACCUAUAGAUGUACAGAUCAAAACAAAUAGGUUAGGAGUAGGAGCAUCCAAUAAAAAUAAUCAAUUGGAACCGCAAGCCAAAGUAGAUGUCCUGGAGUAUAGAGAGCGUAUUCAAAAAUCAAAAGAAAAUAGUAAGAUUGGAUUAAUAACGAAUAAGGCCAUGAAGCUUUGCUUCGAAUUGAGCGGGGAUUCUGAAGAGUAUUACAACGAUAAAGAAAUUUUCAAACCUCAAGAAGUCAACAUACUCUGGAGGCCCUAUGUAAUAGAUAUGAUAGAAAAGGAUCUGGCUAAGAUGUUUAAACAAAAAGUUAUAAGAAUAGAUGAAGAUAAAGAGUCUGUAUCCGGACAACCGGCAACUUCGAAUAAAGAAGAAACUGAUAAAGAAUAUGAGCUAUAUCUACUUUCUGAACCCUUGGAUAAACUAGAGAAACUAUUAAACUAUAUGAGGGAUAAUUAUAAUUAUUGUUUUUACUGUGGGUUCACAUAUAAGAAUCAGGGAGACUUAAUUGAAAAUUGUCCAGGUGUGUACGAAGAAGAUCAUUUAGAUCUAUAA